ACGGUGGUUGACAGUGAUCUGGAAAGCAGAUAUUGGAAAGUUUCAAGUUGAGAGAAUUGAUGAAGGUGGUUUUUCUUGCACACUUCAAGUAGUAAUUGAUUGCAAUAACAUAUACAUCAAACAAUGGCUAAAGAACAUAUGUACAGAACUACGCUGCCCGUACGUGGACACACGGAGGUGAAUCUUUGCUCAGUUAUAUCACUGGGCAAGGAUCUCAGCAAGAUCGCAAUGCCUGUUAACUUCAAUGAGCCUCUGUCCUUCCUCCAACGUGUUGCUGAGUACAUGGAAUAUGCUAAGCUUCUUAAACUAGCUGCUGCUGAAGAGUCACCGGUUAAGAGGAUUGAGUACGUGGCUGCUUUUGCUGUAAGUGCACUUGCAUCUAAUUGGGAGAGACUUGGAAAACCAUUCAAUCCUUUAUUGGGUGAGACUUACGAGUUGGAGCGUGAAGACUUCCGGAUCCUAUGUGAACAAGUAUCCCAUCAUCCUCCUGUAUCAGCAUUUCAUUCAGACAGUGAAGACUUUAUCUUUCAUGGAAGUAUUCAUCCAAAGUUGAAGUUUUGGGGGAAAAAUAUUGAAAUACAUCCCAAGGGCGUCGUAACUGUUGAAUUACCUAAAUGGAAAGAAGCUUACACUUGGCAAAAUGUCAAUUGCAUUUUACAUAAUGUUCUUGUUGGACAAUUGUGGAUGGAACAAUUGGGUGCCUUGGAAAUCAAGCAAUACGGAGGUGCAAAUCUCAAAGCAACAUUGGCAUUUAAAAGUGCUGGGUCUAAUGGAAAAGAUUUACAUCGGGUUGAAGGCUUUAUUACUGAUGCUGAUAAAAAACGAUUGGUUUUCUUAUAUGGAAAAUGGACUGAACGACUUCGUUCAUGUGAACCACAUCUAUACGAUGAAACUCUAGAGAGGAUAAAACGUGAAGCAAAAAGCCCUAUCGGUAGUCCAAGUCACAAAAAAGUUUUAGCUAGACUUCAUAGUUUGAAAGUUGGAGCUUUCAAACCAUCUCAUCAAGAUACAGUAGAUGAAACGUCUACUGAUGGUGAAGAUUGUCUUCCAGUGGAUGAAAUUCCGGGCUCCACAACAUUGUGGGAGGUGACUCCACGUCCUAGUAAUAGUGCAGAUUAUUAUCAAUUUACACAAUUUGCCAUGUCUCUGAAUGAGUUAACAGAUGACUUGGCUCAAAGAAUAUGUCCAACAGACUCGAGGUUGAGGCCAGACAUUAGAAAAUUAGAAAUGGGAGAUCCUGAUGGAGCAGCAUCGGAAAAAAUAAGACUUGAAGAGAAACAGAGGGAUAGCCGGAAACUUAAAAAGCACAAAAAAAUAUCAGAAGGUCCAAGAUGGUUUCAAUCAGGAAUUAAUUCUUUUACGGGUCUAGAAGAUUGGUUGUAUCGUGGAGGUUAUUGGGAACGUAAUUAUGCUGACAUCGAAGAUAUUUUUUAGGUCAUCAGUUAUUCAAAGUUCGAUAAAAACAAUCGGUUUGUGAUGAAUGAUUCAAUGAAGAUGCUUUUGUUUGUGUUUUAUGAUUGAGAAAACAUAUUGUAGCAUAACUUUAUUUAUCAAACAUGAAUCUAGGUCUAACUGAAUUAUUUAAAUAUGAUAUAUUGUAUAAAGUGUGACGAGUGAGAAUUAUGUAAAACAAUUCGAAUUUAAAGCCUGGUAAAAAAUAUUGAAAAGUAUUUUAAUAAUACGAGUGUUGAUUCACAGAAAAGAAUUUAUUUAAUACUAUCAAAAAAAUAUGAUGAAUUUUACGACAAAUCAGAAAGUCAUUAACAAUUAUUGCGUGACUGAUCUUAAGUUUUCGUCCACACGCAAUAUAGUUGUGAUGCCUAUACCUGACACUUGAAUAAGCUAGUUUUCUUGAAUACUUAUAGUAAAAAAUCCUUAUAUUUAGAUACAAAUAUCUAUCUAAAAAAAUAUACAUAUAUCUAUCUUGAAAAAUAUUUGAAAACAGUUGAUAAAUCUAUUUGGAGGAUAAGAGUUUUCUUCACAUGUAGUUGAAAAUAAUAAUUGAAAAUGAAGAAGACAUAUUUAUUUGAAGAAUAUAUAAUAAAUAAAUCAUGAAAAUAAUGAUUCUAAAUAAAAAUAUUAAUAUAAGUGAUAGCUACAAAUUUUACUACGCGAUGUUUAGUUGAAAGAAUCAAUUUGAAAAAAAAAAUAGUCUGCAUUUAUUGUAACAUAAGAUGUUAGUUUGGAAUUUCAAUUUGAUGCUUGAUGUGCCAAUAGAAGACUGCUUUUCACAGUCAUUGUAACGCAAUAGCUCAUGUAAAACAUCUAAAAAAAUUUUAAGUUUACGCAAUAGUCAUGUAUCAAUUUUUGUUGCUAACAUUGAGAAACGUAGCAUUAGGAAAAAUUAUAAAUCUUAGAGACAAAUUAUUAGCCAUUGUGUGUUCUACUGGACUUCAUCGUCAUUCAGAAAAAUUGGAAUCUAGUAAAAAUGAUAAUAAAAUUUUAUUGUAAUAAACUAUAAAGAAAUCUUACCAGCUAUUUACACUUGGCUUGUGUGAUAUACUAUUGAUAUACUGAUAUUAACAUCAUCAGUAAAAAAUAAUAAUGUCAAUGAAUCAUCUACACAAAACAAAAUGCUUUUUAACAAAUAUCAGUGUAUAAUAAACUGAAAAGAAAUAAAUUAUAAUGGAAAAUGCAAUCAAUAUUUUUUUUCU